UAAGCAACUUCUUACUUCCAAACAUGUCGAUGAGAUCUUUGAUAUUAUGUUAUCUUCCCAGUUAUCCAUGAUACUAGUUUGGUUAUGAAAUUAGUACUCUUAUAUGUAUCAAUAGAAACCAAAGCUGUGCAGAUUAUUUUUCCUUCUAGGAUUUAGGUUUCGACUGCUUUCAUUUCAUAUUCAAAGACGACGUCCAAUUAAAUUUUUUUGGUAUAGUCAUUUAUUCCAAUACUGGUUCGUAGGGUCAAUAAAGAAUAGAUAUUAACUCACGUCAACUUCAAGACUCCAGCGCUAUAUAAGCCAAUUGUAGUUUCAUCUCAUUUUGUGCACAAAGGGGAAGUGAGAAUAAUCCAUUGUGUGCACAAACGACGAGUUCUCGAUCUCAUAUUUGUUACUUCUCACGCUUGUGCUGCAUCAGAAAGGUAGGGAGGCAGUAAAUCAAAGUUCACUAACUCAGAAUUUCUUUUGAGUAUCUUUUGUGCAGUGAAAUCCAAUAUGGAAGGCUCUUAUGGUGCACCUGAAUCUGUUCAAAAGAGAUUUGCUCUGCCUGUAGAUUCUGAACAUAAAGCCACUGAAUUCAGAUUAUUUUCAGUGGCUGCUCCUCAUAUGCGGGCGUUUCAUCUGUCUUGGGUUUCUUUCUUCGCCUGUUUCGUCUCCACUUUUGCUGCUCCGCCGCUCCUUCCAAUCAUUCGUGAUGAUCUUGAUUUAACGGCCACAGACAUUGGAAAUGCUGGAAUUGCAGCAGUUUCAGGCGCAGUUUUUGCUCGAGUUGCCAUGGGAACCGCUUGUGACCUAUUCGGUCCUCGACUAGCUUCUGCUGCUCUCACCCUCAUAACUGCACCAGCAGUUUACUGCACUGCCAUUGCCAAUUCUGCUGCCUCAUUUCUUUUAGUCCGGUUUUUCACUGGCUUCUCUCUCGCAACUUUUGUCUCGACUCAGUUCUGGAUGAGCUCCUUGUUCUCUUCUAAGGUCGUUGGCACUGCAAAUGGCAUUGCGGGAGGGUGGGGAAAUCUUGGAGGCGGCGCAACGCAACUGAUCAUGCCUCUCGUCUUCAGCCUUAUCCAGAAUAUAGGUGCAACUAAGUUCACAGCUUGGAGAAUAGCAUUUUUGGUCCCUGCCCUAUUUCAAACUCUAUCAGCAUACGCUAUAUUCUUCCUCGGCCAAGAUUUGCCCGAUGGAAACUAUGCACAACUGCAUAAAUCCGGAGAUAAACACAAAGAUAGUUUCUCACAGAUUUUCUAUCAUGCCAUUACAAAUUACAGAGGCUGGAUCUUGGCAUUAACUUACGGUUAUUGUUUCGGGGUUGAACUUACAAUAGACAACAUAAUCGCACAGUAUUUUUAUGAUAGGUUCAAUGUGAACCUUCAUACAGCUGGAAUUAUUGCUGCCAGUUUUGGAUUGGCAAAUUUAUUCUCACGACCCGGAGGGGGGAUUCUAUCAGAUAUUAUGGGAAAGAGGUAUGGAAUGAGGGGCAGGCUAUGGGCACUGUGGAUAGUACAGACACUCGGCGGCAUUUUCUGCAUUCUUUUAGGCAAAGUUGGAUCUUUGAGUGUGUCGAUUGCUGUAAUGAUUAUAUUUUCCAUCUUUGUUCAAGCUGCGUGUGGCCUUACUUUCGGGAUUGUUCCUUUCGUUUCAAGAAGGUCUUUGGGCAUCAUAUCUGGAAUGACGGGUGGAGGUGGAAACGUAGGUGCAGUUCUAACUCAAGUAAUUUUCUUUAGAGGAUCAAGAUACUCGACAGAAACCGGUAUAACACUUAUGGGGGUGAUGAUCAUAUGCUGCACCAUCCUAAUCAUGCUGAUAUACUUCCCACAAUGGGGUGGAAUGUUUUGCGGUCCAUCUUCUAAAGGCACAACAGAAGAAGACUACUACAUGGGUGAAUGGAAUUCAGCAGAGAAAGAGAGAGGUAUUCACAUGGCGAGCAUGAAAUUCUCCGAAAACAGCAGAAGUGAAAGAGGCAAAAGAGUCGGAUCUGCACCAACACCCGCCAAUGGGACUCCAAGUACAUACGUGUGAACAAAGUAUCGAAGUAAUGAAUGUUUUUAACUCAAAUUAAGGUUUUAUGCUUUCGAAUAUAGUUGGCAAGGUGUAUAAAUAAACAUGACAAUGGUCCUCCCUGUCAUCUUAUUAGUUAUUAACCCGAAUCGCCUGCAGUAAAGAUUCGAAGUUUGCACUUCCUUCUUCCAUUUAUGUCAUAUCUUGCGUUUCUA